CUGUCAUCUCGAAAACACUCGGAGAUAAUGGCCUUACCAUCAAAACAGGUCUUAAAUCAUGACCACUACACCACAAUGGCAGUUAUUUCAAGUGCAAUCCAUCGCAUUGAUCUUUCAUUGAAACCCCCGACUCCGAUGUCUCCUCAUUUCCUUUCAACUCAUAUAAGGAGACUUUCCCUCAGCUUUCCAUAUAAGCAAAUCCACAAAUACAGUAUCAAACUCCCUCACAAUGUCUAAAUUCAUCAAAAACCUCAUCGUCCAAUGGACACCCCUCCCUUACCCCACGACAUCCUUCACCGGCCAAACCAUCAUCGUCACAGGCGCGAACGUAGGUCUCGGCUUCGAAGCAUCCCGCCACUUCGUCCGCCUCGGCGCCCAGAAAGUAAUCCUAGCCUGCCGCUCCCUCUCCAAAGGCGAAGAAGCGCGCGCCGACAUCGAGCGCACCACUGGUCGCAAGGGUGUGUGCGAGGUCUGGGAAGUCGAUAUGGGGGACUGGGACUCGGUGAAGGCGUUUGCGACGCGAGUCGAGGGUCUCGAGCGUGUCGAUGCCGUGUGCGAGAAUGCUGGGCUGGCGGGGUUUACGUUCAAGAGCCAUCCGUCCGGAUGGGAUGCUAGUGUUGCUGUGAAUGUUGUGGGCACGUUUUUGUUGGCGUUGAAUUUGUUGCCUGUGCUGAGGAGGUCGGGGGUUAAGUAUAAUAUGGUUCCGAGGUUGGAGAUCACUUCUUCGGAGACGCAUAAAUGGGCCAAAUUUGAAGAGAGGAACGAACCCUCGAUCUUCGAAGCUUUGAAGAGAACCGACCAACCAGAGUGGGAGAAAGAGCGCUAUCCAGUCACGAAACUACUCGAAGUCUUCGGUGCUCGUUCUCUCGUCGAAAAGAUGGCAGCCGGUCCUCACGCCAACCAGAAAGUCAUCGUCAACACCGUCAACCCGGGAUUCUGCAAAUCUUCUCUAGCGCGCGACGCCAAGGGAAUGAUGUUCGUGAUAUUCUCUAUGAUGAAGAUGUUCAUGGCCCGCUCGACUGAGAUGGGGAGCCGCACUAUUGUUGCGGCGGUUGCGGCUGGAGAGGAGAGUCAUGGUAAGUAUAUGAGUAACUGUGUUGUGGCGCCGCCAAGUGAUUUGGUAUUAAGUGAGGAGGGGAAGAAGACUGGUGAUCGGAUUUGGAAAGAGUUGUUGGAUAUCUUGGAGGGGAUUCAGCCGGGUAUUUCGAAGAAUAUUUAGUUAUCAGAGGGAGUAGUGCUGUGAAGGAGAAAUACUUCGUAGGAGGAAGGUCUGUAUCGAGCUAAGGUGAUGAUCUUUCUGUCAGCGAGGACGUGGGGGUGUCAUAUCAAUUUUUACCGAUUACUAGUCUCCUUUCAUAGCUUGCACUUCAUCUGACAGGGUAGGGACGAUAAAGUUCGA